CCAAGGAGAAAGGGGGAGAAAAAUAAAUAUGAGGUGGAGGAAGAGAAGGACGUGUACGAAGUGGUGGACGAGAGCAAAUACUCCGAGAUCGUGAGACAGCGUCAGGAAGAUGACUGGAUCAUCGACGAUGAUGGAGCUGGGUAUGUUGAAGAUGGACGAGAGAUCUUCGAUGAGGAUCUGGAUGGAGAUGAGUUCACGAAAGCUGAAACUAAGAAAAAAGCAGACAAGAAAAACAAGAAUAUUGUCCGUCCAGGGACGAAGCCGAAGCCGAAGAGCGACAUCAAGAGCAUGUUUGCUGCAGCAGCGGUCACUUCCAAGAAAAAGCCAGAGAAAAAUGUGACCUUGGAGAAUGAUGAGUUGCUAGGCGACCUGAUGGAGGAGCUGCACCGAGGCCCCAACAGCAGCUCGUUCAAACCCGUGCCCGUCAAAGUGAACAAGACCAAGCCAGCCAAGCCGGCCAACCCGUUCAGCAUGGACAAGUCGUCGCCCCGUGUGAAGCAGGUGAAGUCUGUGAAGCAGCCGCGGAACAUCACUAGGGAGUUGUAUGCAGAGGAGUUGAAGGUCAGCCAUGUGAAGGUCAAGCAGGAGCCUGUAGACGACAUUCCAGACAUCGAGGAGUUUGGAAGCAUGGACGUGGAUGACAACAAGAAUGAAAUCACAAAUGCCGUCUCUCAAGAUGACUCUGCUAUGGACCUGAAUGACAUCGACUUUGAUGACGAGGUGACGGAAGUGAUGACACCGGCCGUGAAGGAAGUGAAACCCACAGUUAAGACAGAACCUGCCACAAAUGGAGAGUUUUUGUCAACCGGAUGGGGAAGUGUGAAGAUGGAAGAGCCAAUGACAGUCACUGAUGUGCAGGUUGACUCCUCCCAGUUACCCUUAACGACCAAUGAAAAUGGAGACCAGGUGCUGCGAUUCUAUUGGCUAGAUGCUUAUGAAGAUCAUUACAAACAGCCAGGUGUGAUUUUCCUGUUCGGGAAGGUGUGGAUAGACUCCGCGAAGACCCAUGUCAGCUGCUGUGUGACCGUGAAGAACAUCGAGAGACGUGUCUACUUCCUUCCUCGAGCCACGCGUGUGAACACAAAGACUGGAGAAGACACUGGGGAGCCUGUCGCCAUGAAUGAUGUGUAUUCAGAAUUCAACGACAAAAUAUCCGAGAAACAUAAGAUCAUGAAGUUCAAGUGCAUGAAAGUGACUAAACAUUAUGCUUUUGAGAAGACCGACGUGCCAGUGGAAUCGGAGUAUUUGGAAGUUCGAUAUGCUGCUGACCUUCCACAGCUGCCAAUGAACUUACAGGGAGAAACCUUCAGCCAUGUGUUCGGCACAAACACUUCAAGUUUAGAGUUGCUGCUUUUGGACAGAAGAAUGAAAGGCCCAACAUGGCUUGACUUGAAAACACCACAGCUGCCAAAUCCUCCCAUCAGUUGGUGUAAAGUUGAGGCAGUGUUGAUGAAGCCGGACUAUAUCACUGUGGUGAAGGACUCCUCUCUGGCUGCCCCUCCACUAGUGGUCAUGUCUCUCAACCUGCUCACCCUCCCCAACCCCAAGACCCACCAGAACGAGAUCAUCGGGGCCGCCAGUUUGCUGCACAACAACUUCCACAUGGACAAACCGGCGCCGUCCCAGCUGUUCCAGCAACACUUCUGUGCGAUAUCGAAGCCUCAAGAUUGUAUAUUCCCCUAUGACUUCAAGGACAAAGCACAGAAAGAGAGUCGGACAAUGAAGACGGAAAUCCUUCCUAAUGAGAGGGCGCUGUUGGGUUUCCUGUUGGCGAAGAUACAUAAAGUAGACCCCGACAUCAUCGUGGGUCACGAUAUCUUUGGGUUUGACAUCGACAUCUUCCUGCAUCGAAUCAAUGCCAACAAGAUUCCACACUGGUCAAAGAUAGGAAGGCUGAAGAGGACGACCAUGCCCAAACUCUCAAGUGGUCACGGAGGACGAGGUUUCAGCGAGAAGUCCGCAGCAUGUGGACGUUUGUUGUGCGACAUCAAAAUAUCCGCACGGGAACUGCUUCGUUGCCGUAGUUACGACCUUACAGAACUAUCUAAUCAAAUUUUAAAGCAAAAACGGGUGGAACUGGAGUUUGAUGACAUUAGAAACAUGUACAGCUCCUCCAAACAGCUGUUGCAGCUCAUAGAACUGUCGCUGGUGGAUUCCACGUACAUCCUGAGAAUCAUGUAUGAGCUAAAUAUCAUCCCACUGGCUUUACAGAUCACAACCAUCUGUGGAAACGUCAUGGCACGAACCCUGCUGGGAGGUCGCUCGGAGCGGAACGAGUUCCUGUUACUCCACGCCUUCCACGACAAGAACUUCAUCCCUCCGGACAAGGAGUACAAGAAGAAGGCAGCUGCUACUGCGAUGGAUGAUGAUGAAGAGGGAGACAACUCCUCCAUCUCGGAAGGGCGUCGGAAACCGGCAUACGCUGGUGGCCUGGUGCUGGAACCCAAGAAAGGGUUCUACGACAAGUUUAUCUUGCUGCUGGACUUCAACAGUCUGUACCCAUCCAUCAUCCAGGAGUACAACAUCUGCUUCACCACCAUCAGCCGGACGAUGCCUGGCGUCAAGAAGGAACACACGGAGGAAGACGAGGAAGAGGCGCUGCCUGACCUCCCUGACCCUGACCUUGAACCUGGCAUCCUGCCAACAGAGAUCCGGAAGUUGGUGGAGAGCAGACGUCAGGUGAAGCAGCUGAUGAAGACGCCUGAUCUUGCUCCCGAACAGUACAUGCAGUACGACAUCCGUCAGAAGGCCCUCAAGCUUACAGCCAACAGUAUGUACGGGUGUCUGGGCUUCACAUUUUCACGGUUCUACGCCAAACCUCUGGCGGCUCUCAUCACAGGCAAGGGCAGAGAGAUUUUAUUGAAAACAAAGGACCUUGUACAAGCGAUGAACCUGGACGUCAUCUACGGAGACACCGACUCCAUCAUGAUCAACUCCAACUGCACCGACCUUGACCAGGUUUUCAAGCUGGGGAACAAGGUGAAGUCGGAGGUGAACAAGCUGUACCGACUUCUGGAGAUCGACAUCGAUGGAGUCUUCAAGUCCAUGCUGUUGCUGAAGAAGAAGAAGUAUGCAGCGCUGAGCGUGAGUCGGUCAGCGGACGGCAAGAUCACCACGUCAGAGGAGCUGAAGGGGCUGGACAUCGUCCGGCGAGACUGGUGUGACUUGUCCAAGGAGGCAGGAAGGUUUGUUGUGAGUCAGAUUCUCUCCGGAGAGACAAGAGAGACGCUUGUGGAGACGAUCCACGCAAAGCUGAUCGAGGUGGGAGAGAAAGUGGCCAACAACGAAAUCCCUGUUGAGUUGUUCCACAUCACUAAGCAACUGACAAAGAACCCAGAGGAUUACCCAGACAAGAAGAGUCUGCCUCACGUUCAGGUGGCGCUGCGAAUCAACAGCAAGGGAGGCAAGCGCAUGCGGGCUGGAGACACCAUCGCCUACGUCGUGUGUGAGGAUGGGUCAAACUUGCCUCCAUCUCAGCGAGCGUACCACCCUGAAGAGCUAGCAAAGGGAGACAAUCUCAAAAUAGACAUUAAGUACUACCUGGCCCAGCAAGUACACCCUGUCGUGGCCCGACUCUGUGACCCCAUCGAGGGUACCGACGCUGCCCAUCUGGCUCAGUGUCUAGGCCUUGACCCCACUGGGUACCGGCAUCAGGCACAGCACCAUGACAACGGCGAUGAUGACGCGCUGCUGGGAGGAACGCAGAUGUCGGAGGAGGAACGCUACAAGGAUUGCGACAGGUUCAAGGUCAAAUGUCCAGCGGCCGACUGUGGAAGAGAAAUUAUCAUGGAUGGUGUUUUUCUUGGACAGGACAGUCCCCUAGAGUGCUCGCUGUCCAAGUGCUCCAACCCCCAGUGCAAGAUGGUGCCCAAGGAGUACAUCCCCCAGAUUCAGAACAGCCUUGUCCUGGCCAUCAGGAAACACGUCAAGUCUUACUACGAGGGUUGGCUGAAGUGUGAGGAUUCAGCUUGCGGAGCUCGGACACGGAAAACUCCGCUGAUGUUCCAGAGAGGGCAUCCGGUGUGUGGAACAUGUCAUAGGGGGAUCCUGCAGCCCGAGUUCACAGACUCUGCACUGUACACACAGCUGUGUUACUACCAGUUCAUGUUCGACACGGAGAAGGCCAUCUCACUCCUGCCUGAUUCAAAGCCUGGCAUGAAGAACGCCCGAGGGGAGAAUGCAGUGGGGUUGUACAAGCCGUCCUACAAAACGCUGAAGGACACUGUUGGCAGCUGGCUCAGAUCUAACGCAUACGCUGAAGUCAAUCUUACAAAACUUUUUGAUGGUCUGUUCGUCCUCAAAUGAAAUAAAAACUCGGGGAAUGAAAUUUGGUUAUGAUGACAAGACUUGGACACUCAGCUCAAGCAACUGUUGCCCCAGAAAUGAAGUAUUUGAAGAUGAUCCCGAGGAGGAUGAACAUGUUGGAGCUCACUUGUUGAAAGAGACAAUUGCAUUAUAGAUAUGUAAUUUAUGCAUUGAAGUGCUUGAUACAGAUUGUGUGUACAUAGAUUGAACUGUAUAUAGACUGUUGAUCCGUGAGAUCUGAAUAUGUCCACUGAAGGACUUCCUUUCAAUGGGGUAGAACAGUAGUUAAAGUGUUUGCUUGUUCGGACGAACAACUGGGUUUGAUAUCCAUGUGUUAAUUUGGGUCUAAGUGUGUCAUUUGUAUAUUACAAAGGGCAGCAUCGAAGUUUCCUCAGGGAUUUCUAGGAGAGAAAAGGUCCCAAAUAUAUCGUCAAUGUUAGACAUUCUUGAUCUAAGGUCAAGGUUGGACAUCCUUGAUCUAAGGUCAAGGUUGACAUCCUUGAUGUAAGGUCAAUGUUUGACAUCCUUGAUCUAAGGUCAAGGUUGGACAUCCUUGAUAUAAGGUCAAGGUUGGACAUCCUUCAUGCAAGGUCAAGGUUGACAUCCUUGAUGUAAGGUCACGGUUGAAUGUCCUUGAUGUAAGGUCACGGUUGGAUGUCCUUGAUGUAAGAUCAUGGCUGGACGUCCUUGAUCCAAGGUCAAGGUUGGAUGUCCUUGAUGUAGGGUCACGGUUGGACGUCCUUGAUCGAUUGUCAAGGUUAGAUUGACAUUAAUGCAUGUGAGUAAUCAAGUCAACCAGAUACAGUAGUAUUUGAUAGCAAGAGCAUACAAUGAUGCCCAAUCCUGACAUGUCUCUUCUUUGGACAACUUUGCUACAUGGGAUCGUCAUAGGAUAAGGGAAGAUAUUUGCACCUGUUCAAUCAAAUCUUUCCAAUGGAGGCUAUGAAAAUAAGGGACAUUCUCAGAGGUUGGGCUAGCCAAUCAAUGAGGCCAUAGAAACAUGCUCUCCAGGAAUAUGUUAUUGUCUCUCCGCCUUUGUUGUUACAAUCUGUAAAGUCCAUUUCAGGAGGUGUGGUAGCCAGGUGAUUAAAGCGUUUGCUCAUCAUUCCCCACGUGGGUACAUUGUGUGAAGCCUAUUUCUGGGUUCCCUUGCCGUGUUUUUGCUGGAAUAUUGCUUAAGCGGAGUAAACCUAAACUCACUCAUGUCAGGAGUCACUUACUGUGAUUGGACUAGAGUACCAUUUAAUCUUUCAGGGGUGGUGGGGUAGCCUAGUGGUUAAAGCGUUCGCUCGUCACUCCGAAGACCCAGGUUCCAUUCCCCAUAUGGGUACAAUGCGUGAAGCCCAUUUCUGGUGUCCUCUGCCGUG